AUGAACGUGAAUGUAAUUGCUACUCCGACAGUUACUUGUGAAUUCUGUGGAGAUGGCCAUUCUAGCAUGGAGUACACGAUCGGGAAUCCGACAAUUGAGCAAAUGCAGUAUGUGGGCAAUCCUCGACCGCAAUACAGGAACAAUAACAACUUUAUGCCCAACACAUACCAUCCAGCUGAGAGCAAGCCCUCUACUGACGAGUUGUUAUCCCAGUACAUGACCAAGAACGAUGCCACAAUUCAAACUCUGGUUCAACUAACUCAGAACCUUGUUGCGUCACAAAGAAACAUGGAGGUACAAAUAGGCCAAUUGGCCAAUGAGGUGAAUUCUCAUCCACAAGGUAAUUUUCCAAGUUCCACUGAGACAAACCCCAAAGAGCAAUGCAAGGCAAUUACCCUCAGAAGUGGAAAAGAAUUAAAGGAGCCGGCAAGAAAGAGAGAAGAAGAGACAUAUGGUAAGAAAGAAGCUGAUGUGGAGAUUUCAGAAGUUCUAGAAAAAGAGACUGAACAGGGGGCCAAAAAACCCGCAACUAAAUUGUUUAUGAACAAUCCUCCACUAUACACUCCUCUGCUCCCAUUUCCUUGGAGAUUUCUGAAGCAGAAACUGGACAAACAAUUUUCAAAGUUCCUGGAUGUUUUCAAGAAGCUUCAAAUCAACAUCCCAUUCACGGACGCAUUAGAACAAAUGCCCAGUUACGCUAACUUUAUGAAGGAGAGUUUAACAAAGAAGAGGAGAUUGGCAGAUUUUGAGAUAGUGAAGCUGACAGAAGAAUGCAGUGCCAUUUUACAGAAAAAGCUUCCGCAAAAGGCCAAAGAUUCAGGGAGUUUCACUAUACCUUGCACUAUUGCUAAUGCUUAUUUUGAUCAAGCUCUGUCGAUCAAAGGGCCACAAGGGAUUAUUGAGGAUGUUCUAGUGAAAGUGGAUAAAUUCAUCUUUCCGGUGGAUUUCAUUGUUCUAGAUAUGGAUGAAGAUGAAGAAAUUCCAAUUAUAGUUCGUCGACCAUUCCUCGCUACUGGUAGAACCUUAAUUGAUGUGCAGAAAAGGGAACUUGUUUUGAGGUUCAAAGAUGAGAAAGUAGUUUUCAAUGUCUUCAAGGCGAUAAAUUACCCAUCAGAGACUGACUACUGCAUGCGGCUUGAUACUAUUGAGCAGGCGAUACAAGAAGCUGAAGACAUUAGUAGCUUGUCGGACUUGAUUGAAGAAUGCAUUAAUAUGGAGACUCGUGAUGAUUUCAUCAGUACUAUGUCAGCAUCUGAAAAAGAACCAAUCACUGAGAAAGUUUUAAUAGCUUCGAUACAUCCGGCACCUACAAGUCAGCUACCUUCUGUUGACCAACCACCGCAGCUUGAGCUGAAACCUUUGUCAUCUCAUUUACG